GAUUUAUUAGAUUUCUAAAUUUACUUUUCUUGUGAUUUCAGAAAUUAUCAUUGAUAAAAUGGAAUCUGUUCAGAUGAAGGAGUGUCAAAAAUUACAAGGAGAACAUUUGGAAAAUCAAGCAACGGGAAAAGAUUCGACUACGUGUGCUUUAUGUGCAUAUUCUUGUGAACAUUCAGAUGAUCUAAAACAUCACAUGAAAAUUCAGCAUUCAUACAAACAAUGUGAAGUUUGUGAAAAUACGACGACAGAUGAGUCGAAGUUGAAAAAGCACAGAGAGACCGAGCACAUUGGUGUAAUGUACAGAUGUGGAAAAUGCGCAUUUAUAUCCGCGCACCCUCAAUAUAUACGUGAUCACGUGAUUAUACACCACGCGCUCAUAUCAUUUGCGUGCAGACACUGUCUUUAUCUUGGGCAGGGUCCAACCGCGCUCAGGAUGCACUACGAGGAGCACCAUGAAGGCCAAUGUACUGAAUGUGAUUUUGUCAGUUCUAUUCCCGCAAUCUUGAAGGAACAUAAGAAAACUCAUGGCUUGCUGCACACCUGCGAUCUUUGUGCUUUUUCAACGCAAAUAUUACAGAACUUAAAUGAUCACAUUGAAAGAAUACAUGGAGUUUUGGACAGAAAUCUGAUGAAAAGCGCGGAGAUUGAGGAAAGUUUUGAUGAAAUAAAUUCUGAAAUAAUUGAAAACAGCAAUACAGAAGUUGAAGAUAAAGAAAUGAAGGAAGAAGAGAAUAUAAUAAAGAAAGAAGAGAAUAUAAUGAAGGCAGAAGAGAUUAUAAUGAAGGAAGAAGAGAUUAUGAUGGAAGAUGAUAACUCUGUACAAAUGGAAGCUGAUGGGAAAUUAAAUUUUGAGCAGGGUUCUAGUUGUGAACAGAACACCAAGAACUCAACACUUGAGGUUGAAAUGAGAAACCACACUGGAGAAACCACAUUUAAAUGUGAAGUGUGUGAUAAAAUGUUUAAGCGGAGUGAAUAUUUAACUUCACACAUGAGAACACACACCGGAGAGAAACCAUAUCAAUGUGAAGUGUGUGAUAAAAUGUUUUCUAAAAAUUCAGAUCUUACCAGACAUUUGAGAACCCAUACUGGAGAGAAACCAUUUAACUGUGAAGUAUGUAAUAAAAUGUUUAAUAGGAGGAGUAGCUUAACUCCACACAUGAGAACACACACCGGAGAGAAACCAUUUCAAUGUGAAGUAUGUCAUAAAAUAUUUAGGAGUAAUAUCCUAACUUCACAUAUGAGAACUCACACCGGAGAGAAACCAUAUCAAUGUGAAGUGUGUGAUAAAAUGUUUUCUAAAAAUUCAGAUCUUACUAGACAUUUAAGAACCCAUACUGGAGAGAAACCAUUUAAAUGUGAGGUAUGCGGAAAAUGUUUUUCCGAUAAACAGAAUUUUAAUGGUCAUCUCAGAAUCCAUUCUGCAGAGAAACCAUUUGAAUGUAAACUUUGUGACAAAAGGUUUAAUUUUAGUUCCAACUUAAAUUCUCAUAUAAGAACACACACUGGAGUAAAACCGUACACGUGUGAAACCUGUGGUAAAAGUUUUAAGGAGAGUUGGGACUUAAAAAGACAUAUUGAAAUUCAUAAAAAUAUGAAUAAAGAACUAAAUCAUGAGAAUGAUGAAAAACAAGUUGAGAAAGUUCAAGAGAAGCCAUUCAAAUGUGAAGAUUGUGGAAAAACAUUUGCUAAGAAGAUCCAUUUGAAAUAUCACUCUAGAGUACAUACUGGAGAGAAACCAUUUCAUUGUAAUAUGUGUGAUAACAGAUUUUCCACUAAAAAAAGUAUGAAAAGACAUACACAGGUUCAUACUGGAGAGAAACCAGAAAAUUGUGAUUUGUGUGAUAAAAGGUUUUCCACGAAAUAUGAACUGAAAAGACAUAAUUUGGUUCAUACUGGAGAGAAACCAUUUAAUUGUGAUUUGUGUGAUAAAAGGUUUUCCACUAAAGGUGAUCUGAAAAGACAUAAUUUGGUUCAUACUGGAGAGAAACCACACACAUGUGAACUGUGUAAUAAAAUGUUUUCAAGAAAAGAUCUUCUAACGAGCCAUCUUAGACAGCAUACUUCAUGAGAACCAUGAGAUUGGGAAGUUGGGAUAAGAGGUUUCUUGGGAAAGGAGAUCCUGAAAUACAUAAAUGAAAGAAAUAAAUUAAAGAAUAAAUACUUAAUUUGAUUUAAUUAUUACUAACUGUGACUAAAGUGACACUAUAGUGACUAUAAAUAAUAAAUAAUAAGAUUCCUGUUAUAACUGACGGUUGGUCAAAUCUGUGGUUUGCUAUGUUGUCUGUUGAAUUUUUCUAUUUUUUUUCUUUUCAGUACAUAUUUGAAUUGGAUCAGUUAUAUUGCUACAUUCUAAUUUUGGAUUUACGCUACAUGACCAAUAAUCUACGUGCAUUCGUCUUUAAUGUGAAAAAUGCUUUUUUUUGUAAAAAUAAAGUGUUAAAAAUAAUAAAAAUUUAGCCCAAAAAAAAUUUUCAUU